AUGAGUCUGAUGAACGAACUGGCUGACCGCACAUUGCGCGGUGAACUACGGGCGGUUUCCAGGCUGUUAACCCUGUUGGAACGGGGCGACGCAUCAGCGUCCCCGGCGAUGGAACAACUGGACCCGCACACGGGCCGCGCCUACACCGUAGGCAUCACCGGGCCACCCGGCGUAGGCAAAAGCACUCUGGUGGAUCGGUUGACGGCGCACCUGCGGCAAUCCGGGUUGACCGUAGGUGUCCUGGCCGUAGAUCCCACCAGUCCGUUCACUGGCGGCGCGCUGCUGGGCGACCGAAUCAGAAUGCAGCGACACUAUCUGGAUGACGGCGUAUUCAUCCGCAGCGUCGCGACGCGAGGGCAAUCAGGCGGGCUGCCUCGCAUCGUAAAGAGCAUGGUGCGCGUGCUGGACGCAGCCGGUAAAGACGUGAUACUGGUUGAGACGGUGGGGGUUGGUCAAACCGAACUGGGCAUUAUGGGCGUGGCUGACUCAGUUGCGGUAGCCAUGAUGCCCGAAUCUGGAGAUUCCAUCCAGACGCUGAAAGCCGGAGUGAUGGAAAUCGCCGACCUGUACGUUAUCAACAAGGCUGAUCGUGACGGCGCCAAUCAGAUGGCAACCGCGGUUACAAACAUGCUGCACCUGGCGGACCUGGCCAAGGGAUGGAAUCCGCCGGUGCUGCUGACACAGGCCCACGCCAACGUCGGCGUUGCCGAAUUCUGGAGCGGGGUAGAGGAUCACCGAAAGUUCCUGACUGAUUCCGGUAACCUUGAGCGACGCCGGGUGGAACGAAGGCGGCAGGAGUUUUUGGAAUCGGUGCAGGAGGAACUGCAUCGCCGGGUUACCGCGCUGAUUCGCAGUGACCCGACUAUGGCAGAGAUUCUAGACGGUAUCGACACCAAGGCGACGGAACCCUACGCCGCCGCCCUGCGGCUCCUGGCAGACGAUGGUAAGGUGACCGCCCUGUUCAAUCAGCGCUGA